GAGGAGGAGGAGGAGGAGGAGGCGGGGAAGAAAGAGCCGGCGGAGUCGGGCGCGCCUUCGCUGCUGCUGCUGCUGCUGCUUCCUCCUCGUCGUCCUCGCAUGUGUCUUGGGCGCAGGAGGGAAGCCUUCUUCGCCCGCAGCGGGAGCCAUGUCUGAAAGCGUCCCCAACGGCGGCAGCGCCUCCCGGCACCCGGGCAACAAAGUGACGGUGGUCCUGGGGGCCCAGUGGGGCGACGAAGGCAAGGGGAAGGUGGUGGAUCUGCUGGCGCAGGACGCGGACAUCGUCUGCAGGUGCCAGGGAGGUAACAAUGCUGGACAUACUGUUGUAGUGGAUUCUGUGGAAUAUGACUUUCAUCUCUUACCAAGUGGUAUCAUCAAUCCGAAAGUUGUGGCAUUUAUUGGAAAUGGUGUGGUAAUUCACUUGCCAGGAUUGUUUGAAGAAGCAGAGAAGAAUGUUAAAAAAGGAAAAGGGUUAGAAGGCUGGGAAAAAAGAUUGAUUAUAUCUGAUAGAGCUCAUAUUGUAUUUGACUUCCAUCAAGCUGCUGAUGGCAUCCAGGAACAGCAAAGGCAAGAACAAGCAGGAAAGAAAUUCAAAGUGUUGGCCAACCAGUACAAGUCUGUUUACCCUGCCUUAGAGAUAGACAUUGAAGGGGAACUGAAAAGACUGAAGGGUUACAUUGAAAGGAUCAAACCAAUGGUGAGGGAUGGUGUAUAUUUUAUGUACGAAGCUUUGCAUGGCCCACCAAAGAAAAUUUUAGUAGAGGGUGCAAAUGCAGCACUGCUGGACAUUGAUUUCGGGACUUAUCCUUUUGUGACUUCAUCAAAUUGCACUGUGGGAGGUGUAUGCACUGGUUUGGGUAUGCCACCUCAGAACGUGGGUGAAGUAUAUGGAGUCGUGAAAGCAUACACAACUAGAGUUGGAAUUGGUGCCUUUCCUACAGAACAAAAUAAUGAAAUUGGGGAAAUGCUACAGACACGAGGAAAAGAAGUUGGUGUAACCACAGGUCGGAAGAGAAGAUGUGGCUGGCUGGAUCUUGUAUUGCUUAGAUAUGCUCAUAUGAUCAAUGGAUUUACUGCAUUGGCUCUUACCAAAUUGGAUAUUUUGGAUGUAUUUCCAGAAAUUAAAGUUGGUGUUGCUUACAAACUAGGUGAUAAAAUCAUACCUCAUUUUCCAGCAAACCAGGAAGUCUUAAAUAAAGUGGAGGUUCAGUAUGAAACGUUCCCAGGAUGGAAAACAGAUAUAUCAAAUGCAAGGACUUUUGAUGAAUUGCCUGUAAAUGCUCAAAACUACGUUCGAUUUAUAGAAAUGGAGCUAGGUGUUCCAGUUAAAUGGAUUGGAGUAGGAAAAUCCAGGGAGUCAGUGAUCCAACUCUUCUAAAAAUGGUGAAUAAAUGGAAGAAAAGAAAGCACACUCCUCAAAGACUGCUCAUUAUUAUAUCUAUUAUUCUUUGCUCAAUAAGUAAUGAUUUUUGGAAUGUUGGACCUGGUGUGCAGAAGAGCUAGAGAUGGUCUGAAAAAACUAUUCUUCCUUCUAUAAAGACUUUAAGUAUCAUUUUUUUCUUACAACCUCAUGAAUUCCAGGGCAUUUAUCACGAUUUCUACUAUUUGUCAUGGUGCCACCAGAUUUUUUUUCUUGAUAUGUUCGUCCCAACGCUUUCUCUGAAAAUCUGAGAUUGUAUUACAUGACCAUUUGUCUUUAUUGUCUCUCAGCUUUUGGUGGUGUUACUUUCUGAAAUUUUUAGAUGCUUAAAAUAAUUAAUGCAGUUUUGCACAGAGUUUUACAUCCUCAUUUAUACUCCUAAAGCUGUUGUUCCCUGUAUGGCUGCUCAUGUAGUGUGUAAUUAAAGAGAGGGAUGAUUUUAUAAUGAUGAAAAAAAAAACCCCAUACACUUUUGUUACAGUUUUUAUUAAAACUACGAUGAUAAGCUGGUAGUUUGGAAGGGUGUUUAAUAUGUAUGCAUUGCAACAACUUAAUUUAUAAAUGAAGAUACUGAAAACA